UCGUUAACGAUGAAUAAUAAUAUCACUCUCAUCUCAUAAUCAACGGUUCAGAUUCAUUCCUCAGUUUUAGGUUCUUGUUUUAUCUUCUUAACCUUCACUCUUUUUCUUCUCCAAUUAACCCGCUAUCACUCUCUCUUUCUCUUUUCUAUUUCUCUCUCACACACACAAACACAAAACCUUCUUCAUCAAUCUUCUUCUUCUUCUCCUUCAAUCUAGCUUAAUCUCAGAAGAAGAUGAUGUUAGGGAAAAGACCACGUCCUCCGAUGAAAAGAACCACGAGCAUGUCGGAAAUAACCUUCGAUCUGAACACAAUAACACCAGAAGACGAUCCCAACAACAACCACCUCUUCAGCCCUAACGGAGUAGGACCUGGUGUUGGUCCCUUCGGUCCAUAUCCAUAUCCACAUCCACAUCCAGCAACUUCUCCUCGAACCAACGGUUCAGAUCAGAGCAUGCUUUUACCCACAGUCUCACCCAGAAACCAUAGAAGAAACUCAUCUGAUAUGACUCAAACCCCAGAUUUCUUACGCUCUUGCUUUCUCUGUAAACACCGGUUGGUACCCGGCCGUGACAUCUACAUGUACAAAGGAGACAGUGCUUUCUGCAGUUUAGAGUGUCGUCAGCAGCAGAUGAAUCAAGAUGAGAAGAAAGAUAAGUGUUGUGUCGCAUCAAAGAAACAAGUUGUUGUUGCGGCGGCUUCCAAAGUUACCGCAAAAAGUGAAAAAAUCGCGGUUGCCACAAGUUUGUAGCAUAUCAUCCAAACAAGGAUUAAUUGAUGGCAUGCGAUUUUAAUUACUCCUAUAUCUUCUCGCUUUCAUAUCAGUAAAUUAUUAUUUAAAUAUGUUAAAUAUUUAUAUAUCUAUAUACCUAGCUCCUUUAUUUUCGCUAUGAAUUUUGUUUCUUUUUGUUCAGGCUUUGUAAUUUUGGUCUUGGCUAGAGUGGUUAUUCAGUUCUUUGUUUGUUCAUAGACCAGUAAUUCUGAAGCACUAGUGUUUUUGGAUUGGAUUUUGAAUCAUAACAUAUAAAAAAUUGAAAUUAUAAUUGUACUGUAACUCAUAAAAGAAAAUUUUGUAUAUUUUGUGUGGAAAUUAAGUAAAGAUGGUGAUGGGUUUGGGAAGUC